UGGAGAACUGGAACAGCAUAUCUCUCCAGUUUUAUACCAGUCUCAUUUACCAUCUUCAAAGUGAGAGAUUAAAAGGUUAAGAUGAUAAGAAACGUGGCGUAAAAUAACGUCUCUGAAUUCGCUGUCGGUUUGUGUGGUUUCGCUUUAAUAAUACUGUGUGCGAAGUUUUUCUGGACCUCUCCUGUCUUUGCGAACUAUUGGGACCGAUUGGGACCAUAACAGAGGAAGCGGAAAUUAAUUGUCCGCUUGCUUUUCCUAGAGCUGCUCUCGGAGUCGGGAAAAUUAACUGAAACCGGUCGAGAGAGAAAGACGUGUAACAUUUUAGAGUUGCAAAAAUGCCGUAUUUUGAAAUAAGGCCUUUUGUCACUGCGUAAAGAGGCUUGGAGACGGAGAUUUUCUCCACAUCUGUGUUGUGGAUAACUCCAUUUCGCUGAAAUCUUUAUGUCCAUCUGCUGGUUGACAGCACGCAGUUAAGGAAGAGCUGGCAUUCCAUGGUCAGCUGGAACAAGGACAAAAAUUUGGAGAUUGAGUCAGAUCAGACAAGCGUGUUAGAAAGACCUUCUGCCUUAAGAGACACUUUCUUCAGGAGCUGUAUAUCAUUUCCACACAGUCUGUGCCAUGGAGGCAAUAGCAAAAUAUGAUUUUAAAGCCACUGCGGAUGAUGAAUUAAGUUUCAAACGAGGAGAGAUUUUAAAGGUUUUAAAUGAGGAAUGUGACCAGAACUGGUACAAGGCAGAACUCAAUGGAAAAGAGGGAUUAAUUCCUAAAAAUUACAUUGAAAUGAAGCCACACCCCUGGUUUUAUGGGAAGAUUCCCCGUGCAAAGGCAGAAGAAAUGUUAAAUAAACAGCGACACGAUGGAGCUUUUCUCAUUAGGGAGAGUGAGAGUGCACCUGGAGAUUUCUCGCUCUCUGUCAAAUUUGGGAACGAUGUCCAGCACUUCAAAGUAUUACGGGAUGGAGCAGGAAAAUACUUCUUGUGGGUGGUCAAAUUUAACUCGUUAAACUCCUUAGUGGAUUAUCAUCGGUCUACAUCUGUGUCCAGGAAUCAACCAAUUUUUCUCAGGGACAUUGAACAGGUACCACAGAAUUCCACAUAUGUUCAAGCUCUGUUUGACUUCGACCCUCAAGAGGACGGAGAGCUGGGUUUCAGAAGGGGAGAUUUUAUCCAGGUUCUGGACAACUCUGAUCCUAAUUGGUGGAAGGGUACCUGUCAUGGACAGACGGGAAUGUUCCCUCGCAAUUAUGUCACACCUGUCAAUCAAAAUAUGUAACAUGAAAAAUUUAAUAUAAAAAUCCCCUCAGUUUGUCUGCAUAAAGCACCCAUGGAUUUCCAACUGGGUUGCCAUGGAAACAGAAACCACAGUGAGAUGGAGAGAAAAGGCUCAUUUGGUGAUGUGAAUACCGACUGGCUGAAAGAGGGAGACUGCUGUUUGGAGGAGUGCUUGACAUUUUAAGAAACACUAUUGGCUGAAUUAGAAGAAUGUUCCAGACUGGUAUUUUUUUGUGUGCUGUGUAUAACAUCAGCUUUGCUUUUUAUGUAAAUUCAAUGCUAUAUGACAUCAAAUGUACUGAAAAAUAUGAUCUGUUUUAUGUAAAGUGUUAAUCUUAAUGUCAUUCACAUUACAGCACUGAAAUACCUUCAACUUACAGCUUUGCAUCACAGUUAAUUUUAAAACUCUAAAAUAAACUCCAUGUUAUGUUUUAGUUGGUGUGUGUGGUGUGUGCAUGUGUAGUUUUUAGUUUAGUUUAGUAUGGUGUGUGCAUGUGUGCGUGCAUGCGUAAGUACUGUUUAUACUACAUAGUAAAACCUGAGAUCACCUACAUUGUGGGGGCCAGGGAAAUGUCUUAUUAAACAUACUAAACAAUGUUUUUUUGAAAAUGCAGAAAGGUUUUUUGUGAGGGUAAGGGUUAGGGGAUUUAAAUUAUCGUUAGAUCUGUAUAAAAUCCAAGAAAUGCAUGGAAGCCUAUGGAGAGUCCCCACAAUGAUAUAAAAACAAGUUUAGGGGGGGAGGGGGGACUCCCUAAAUGUAACAGGAGACCCCCUGGAAAGCUAAUUUGCAUAUUCUUGGGGGUUUCAUUUAAACUCUUGGCAUUUAUUAAAUACAUAGUUUAACGCUGUAGUAAUGCAUAUAUUCAAUAUGACAUGAAAAUGUUUCAUUCUGUUUCAGUUUCAGAUUUUCUAAACUGAUUUGAAUCACAGCUAAAUGGAUUGGAGCAGCAGCACUGCACCUCUCUCUCCCUCUGGGUCUCUCUCUCUCUCACGCAGCACCCACGUGCAUGCACCAGACAGGAUGUUUAACACAGUGAAUUUGCAUAUGUAUGGUGGAAUUUAAUGGAGUGGGGGUGGUGUAGUGGGCUAAAGCACAUAACUGUUAAUCAGAAGGUCGCUGGUUUGAUCCCCACAACCACCACCAUUGUGUCCUUGAGCAAGGCACUUAACUCCAGGUUGCUCCGAGGGGACUGUCCCUGUAAUAAGUGCACUGUAAGUUGCUUUGGAUAAAAGCAUCUGCCAAAUGUGUAAAUGUAAAUAUCCACAUGUCAGUGGAGUGGAAGGCCCACUGCGCUCUGCAGCAUCUACAGUUUCAUUUUUAGAAACUUGCCAGCCAGACACAAGUCAGCCGGAAACUUGUGGAUUUGCAAGACAAACCGUGCAUCCCGAGAAUGAAUGAAAAUGAAAAAAACAUUAUUUUUAUCGGGGUGGGGGUCAAGAUGAAGGGGAUUUCCUGUCAUUUUUUUGCUCCAACCUAAAUUUUCUGCAGAUUUUUCCAUUUCUCCUGGCUUUGUUUUCCAUUUAUUCACAAAUUGAGCUUAAUGUGAAAUACCUGAGAAUUGUUAUAUAUUUAAUUUUAAUACAUUUAUAAUAAGAUAUAUUCAUAAUGCAUUUU